GCUAAUCGUUGUUUUGCUCGCGCUCACUCGGCGAGGGCUUUAAAAAGGGAGGCAGGCGCAGGCUGGGCGCUAGAAGGGAGCCGAGGGGGGGCGCCGCGGGCGGAUCGGUUGUGGCUCUCGGCGCAGUCUCCCCCCCAGCCCGCCCCCCGCGAUCGGGACCGCCGAGACGCGCCCGGGCGAAGGCGGCGGCCGCCCUCCCUCGCUCGGAACGGGCACCAUGUCCAACGUGCACCUCUCCAGCGCCUCGACCCUGGAGCGCCUGGCCGCCCGCCGGACUUUCCCGCUCCACGCCCGCACCGGGGUGUGCAGGAACCUCUUCGGCCCCGUGGACCACGACGAGCUCAACCGGGAGCUGCGGAGCAAGCUGCGGGAGAUCCGCGAGGACAGCCAGCGGCGCUGGGACUACGACUUCCAGAGCGAGGCGCCGCUGCCCGGCCCGGGCCGGCUGCAGUGGGAGGCGGUGGCGGGCGACGCCGUGCCCGCCUUCUACCGGGAGAGCCUGCAGGUCGGGAGGGGCCGCUUCCCGGUGCUGGUGGUGCGAGCCAAGCCGCCGUCUGACAGCGCCCCGGCGGAGCCCAGAGACUCUCCCCAGGACUCGCAGGGGCUGACUUCUGCUUCGGGGCCCCCGGGCAUGCCUGCCGCCUUGGGCAGCGCCGCGGCGGGGGCCGAGGACCGCCUCAACCAGGAGAACCGGGCCGGCCGGCUCAACAACAACUUCUCAGGGAUUAUCCUCAAGCCCGUCCCGACGUGCGCGGCGACGGCUCUGAAAAGGGCAUCUUCGGCCGGCGUCGCUCACAUCACAGAUUUCUUCGCCAAGCGGAAAAGGGUCGUAGACUCGAAAGCGGCCGCGGAUCAUUCCAGCGCGCUGCCCGCCUCGGCCUCUACUGUCCCCACGGAGCAGACGCCCCGGAAAAGGCUCCGGUGAACGAGAUUUUGCACUACCGCACAGAAGCGCCGUUUCCUCGGCCCUUGGAAACCUAGAGCUUGAGAGGCCUCCUUCUGUCCACAUUCAAGGGACUGGCAGAAGAUACCAGAGUCCGGGAAAGAAGAGCCGUGUGACUUUUUUUUGUUUCCCCUCUUCUCCUACUCUCCGCCCCAGAAGGAACUGCUUGUACCUCUAUGUAGCAAACUGUGGCUCUUGACUGCAAGCCACCUGACGGAGCAGUGUUAAUUUACAACUGUGCAAUUUAUUAUUUUUAUAUAAAAAUGUAUUAUGCCUAAUGUGAGUACACUGGCCUGAAGUGUAAAAGCUUUAAAGUCAUUUAUAUAAAAAAUGUUUAAUCUCUGCUGAUUUCUCAGUGCAAAAAAAAUGUAUAUUUGUAAAAAAAGCAAACAACUUAAGAGUUAUACUAACUUAUAUUUUCUAUUUAUGUCAAAAAAGGCGGAUAACUUCGGUUGACACCUAGUAGUCUGUUGUUUGUGUGUGGUUUUUUUUUUCUUAUUUGGUUAAGCCAAAGGGCACUAUAUUUGCUUUUUUUUGUUAUUUACAAAAAAUGUAAAUUUAUUUUUAUAGUGGGUUUUUUUGCAUUCACAAAAUGUAGCUAUGAAUCAAAAUUUCUUUAGUUAUUACUUGAAAAUAAAUCUGAUACAAUGGUUCCUGAGCCGGUCUGUACCACUGCCGUUGCAAACGUAUG